AAUGGCUCUACAACAGCUCGUGUGCUGGUUUAAUUUGUUGAUCAUACUCUUUUGCAAAGGUUGUCACUCACAGCUGCCUGGUGAAUCCACAAUCAGAUUAACUGGAUCUGGAUCGACUCGAUGCUCUGGCAGAGUUGAAAUCUUUUACAAUAACACCUGGGGAACAGUUUCUGAUUAUAACUGGGACUUAAACGAUGCUGAGGUGGUUUGCAGACAGUUAGACUGUGGGUCGGCACUGGAAGUUCCUCAAUCAUCUAAAUUUGGUGCAGGAACUGGACAGGUCUGGCUCAGUGGUGUGAGCUGUUCAGGAAAUGAAAGUUCUCUGACUGAAUGUCAACACACUGGAUGGGGAAACUACUACAACUACUAUGGACAUUCUUAUGAUGUUGGUGUCAUCUGUUCAGGUGUGAUGAGAUUAAAUGGAUCUGGAUCGACUCGAUGUUCUGGCAGAGUUGAAGUUUAUCACAACAACAGCUGGGGAACAGUCUGUGAUGAUGGCUGGGACUUAAAUGAUGCUGAGGUGGUUUGCAGACAGAUAAGCUGUGGGUCGGCACUGGAAGUUCCUCCAUCAGCUCACUUUGGUGCAGGAACUGGAAAGAUUUGGCUUGAUCAUGUGAGCUGUUCAGGAAAUGAAAGUUCUCUAACUGAGUGUCAGCACAGUGGAUUUGGAUCAAACACAUGUGAACAUGGUCAGGAUGCUGCUGUCAUCUGUUCAGCUGUGCCCAUCAUUUUAACUGGCUCUGGAUCAACUCGAUGUUCUGGCAGAGUUGAGGUUUAUCACAAUAACAUCUGGGGAACAGUCUGUGAUGAUGGCUGGGACUUAAAUGAUGCCGAGGUGGUUUGCAGACAGCUAAACUGUGGGCCGGCACUGGAAGUUCCUCAAUCAGCUCACUUUGGUGCAGGAACUGGACAGAUUUGGCUUGAUAAUGUGACCUGUUCAGGAAAUGAAAGUUCUCUAACUGAGUGUCAACACAGUGGAUUUGGAUCAAACAGAUGUGAACAUGGUCAGGAUGCUGCUAUCAUCUGUUCAGAUCUGAUUAGAUUGGCUGGUUCUGGAUCAUCUCGAUGCUCUGGCAGAGUUGAAGUUUAUCAUGAUAAUGUCUGGGGAACAGUUUCUGAUGAUAACUGGGUCUUAAACGAUGCUGAGGUGGUUUGCAGAGAGAUAAACUGUGGGUCUGCACUAGAAGCUACUCCAUCAUCUAAAUUUGGUGCAGGAAGUGGACAGGUCUGGCUCAGUUACGUGAGCUGUUCAGGAAAUGAGAGUUCUCUAACUGAAUGUCAACACACUGGAUGGGGAAACUACUACAACUACUACUACAGUUUACAUUCUUAUGAUGUUGGUGUCAUAUGUUCAGGUGUGAUCAGAUUAACUGGAUCUGGAUCGACUCGAUGUUCUGGCAGGGUUGAAGUUUAUCACAGUAACAGCUGGGGAACAGUCUGUGAUGAUGGCUGGGACUUAAAUGAUGCUGAGGUGGUUUGCAGACAGAUAAACUGUGGGACGGCACUACAAGCUCCUCAAUCAACUUACUUUGGUGCAGGAACUGGACAUAUUUGGCUGGAUAAUUUGACCUGUUCAGGAAAUGAAAGUUCUCUAACUGAGUGUCAACACAGUGGAUUUGGAUCAAACAGAUGUGAACAUGGUCAGGAUGCUGCAGUCAUCUGUUCAGAUCUGAUCAGGUUAGCUGGAUCUGGAUCGAGCCGAUGUUCUGGGAGAGUUGAAAUCUUUCACAAUAACGUCUGGGGAACAGUCUCUGAUUAUAAAUGGGACUUAAAUGAUGCUGAGGUGGUUUGCAGACAGUUAAACUGUGGGUCAGCACUACAAGCUCCUCGAACAGCUUACUUUGGUGCAGGAACUGGACAGAUUUGGCUCAGUGGUGUGAGCUGUUCAGGAAAUGAAAGUUCUCUAACUGAAUGUCAACAAUCUGGAUGGGGAAACUCCUACUACUACUACUACUACUCCUACUACGAUAGACAUUAUUAUGAUGCUGGUGUCAUCUGUUCAGGUCCAAUCAGAUUAACUGGAUCUGGAUCAACUCGAUGUUCUGGCAGGGUUGAAGUUUACCACAAUAACAGCUGGGGAACAGUCUGUGAUGACGGCUGGGACUUAAAUGAUGCUGGGGUGGUUUGCAGACAGUUAAACUGUGGGUCGGCACUGGAAGUUCCUCAGUCAGCUCACUUUGGUGCAGGAACUGGACAGAUUUGGCUUGACAAUGUGACCUGUUCAGGAAAUGAAAGUUCUCUAACUGAGUGUCAGCACAGUGGAUUUGGAUCAAAUGGAUGUGAACAUGGUCAGGAUGCUGCUGUCAUCUGUUCAGCUGUGUCCAUCAUUUUAACUGGAUCUGGAUCGACUCGAUGUUCUGGAAGAGUUGAAGUUUAUCACAAUAACAGCUGGGGAACAGUCUGUGAUGAUGGCUGGGACUUAAGUGAUGCUGAGGUGGUUUGCAGACAGUUAAACUGUGGGUCGGCACUGGAAGUUCCUAAAUCAGCUCACUUUGGUGCAGGAACGGGACAGAUCUGGCUUGACAAUGUCACCUGUUCAGGAAAUGAAAGUUCUCUAACUGAGUGUCAACACAGUGGAUUUGGAUCAAACAGAUGUGAACAUGGUCAGGAUGCUGCUGUCAUCUGUUCAGCUGUGUCCAUCAUUUUAACUGGAUCUGGAUCGACUCGAUGUUCUGGAAGAGUUGAAGUUUAUCACAAUAACAGCUGGGGAACAGUCUGUGAUGAUGGCUGGGACUUAAAUGAUGCUGAGGUGGUUUGCAGACAGUUAAACUGUGGGUCGGCACUGGAAGUUCCUCAAUCAGCUCACUUUGGUGCAGGAACUGGACAGAUUUGGCUUGACAAUGUGACCUGUUCAGGAAAUGAAAGUUCUCUAACUGAGUGUCAACACAGUGGAUUUGGAUCAAACAGAUGUGAACAUGGUCAGGAUGCUGCUGUCAUCUGUUCAGAUCUGGUUAGAUUAGCUGGUUCUGGAUCAUCUCGAUGCUCUGGCAGAGUUGAAGUUUAUCAUGAUAAUGUCUGGGGAACAGUUUCUGAUAAUAACUGGGUCUUAAACGAUGCUGAGGUGGUUUGCAGAGAGAUAAACUGUGGGUCUGCACUAGAAGCUACUCCAUCAUCUAAAUUUGGUGCAGGAAGUGGACAGGUCUGGCUCAGUGGUGUGAGCUGUUCAGGAAAUGAAAGUUCUCUAACUGAAUGUCAACACACUGGAUGGGGAAACUACUACAACUACUACUACAAUUUACAUUCUUCUGAUGUUGGUGUCAUCUGUUCAGGUGUGAUCAGAUUAACUGGAUCUGGAUCGACUCGAUGUUCUGGCAGAGUUGAAGUUUAUCACAGUAACAGCUGGGGAACAGUCUGUGAUGAUGGCUGGGACUUAAAUGAUGCCGAGGUGGUUUGCAGACAGAUAAACUGUGGGACGGCACUGGAAGUUCCUAAAUCAUCUCACUUUGGUGCAGGAACUGGACAGAUUUGGCUCGGUGAUGUGAGCUGUUCAGGAAAUGAAAGUUCUCUAACUGAGUGUCAGCACAGUGGAUUUGGAUCAAAUGGAUGUGAACAUGAUCAGGAUGCCGCUGUCAUCUGUUCAGAUCUGAUCAGGUUAGCCGGUUCUGGAUCGAGCCGAUGUUCUGGGAGAGUUGAAAUCUUUCACAAUAACGUCUGGGGAACAGUCUCUGAUUAUAAAUGGGACUUAAAUGAUGCUGAGGUGGUUUGCAGACAGAUAAACUGUGGGUCUGCACUACAAGCUCCUCGAACAGCUUACCUUGGUGCAGGAACUGGACAGAUUUGGCUCAGUGAUGUGAGCUGUUCAGGAAAUGAAAGUUCUCUAACUGAAUGUCAAAACUCUGGAUGGGGAAACUCCUACUACUACUACUACUACUACUACUACUACUCCUACUACGAUAGACAUUAUUAUGAUGCUGGUGUCAUCUGUUCAGGUCCAAUCAGAUUAACUGGAUCUGGAUCAAGUCAAUGUUCUGGGAGAGUUGAAGUUUACCACAAUAACAGCUGGGGAACAGUCUGUGAUGAUGGCUGGGACUUAAAUGAUGCUGGGGUGGUUUGCAGACAGUUAAACUGUGGGUCGGCACUGGAAGUUCCUCAGUCAGCUCACUUUGGUGCAGGAACUGGACAGAUUUGGCUUGACAAUGUGACCUGUUCAGGAAAUGAAAGUUCUCUAACUGAGUGUCAGCACAGUGGAUUUGGAUCAAACAGAUGUGAACAUGGUCAGGAUGCUGCUGUCAUCUGUUCAGAUCUGGUUAGAUUAGCUGGUUCUGGAUCAUCUCGAUGCUCUGGCAGAGUUGAAGUUUAUCAUGAUAAUGUCUGGGGAACAGUUUCUGAUAAUAACUGGGUCUUAAACGAUGCUGAGGUGGUUUGCAAACAGAUAAACUGUGGGUCUGCACUAGAAGCUACUCCAUCAUCUAAAUUUGGUGCAGGAAGUGGACAGGUCUGGCUCAGUGGUGUGAGUUGUUCAGGAAAUGAAAGUUCUCUAACUGAAUGUCAACACACUGGAUGGGGAAACUACUACAACUACUACUACAGUUUACAUUCUUAUGAUGUUGGUGUCAUUUGUUCAGGUGUGAUCAGAUUAACUGGAUCUGGAUCGACUCGAUGUUCUGGCAGAGUUGAAGUUUAUCACAGUAACAGCUGGGGAACAGUCUGUGAUGAUGGCUGGGACUUAAAUGAUGCUGAGGUGGUUUGCAGACAGAUAAACUGUGGGUCGGCACUGGAAGUUCCUCCAUCAGCUCACUUUGGUGCAGGAACUGGGCAGAUUUGGCUCGGUGAUGUGAGCUGUUCAGGAAAUGAAAGUUCUCUAACUGAGUGUCAACACAGUGGAUUUGGAUCAAACACAUGUGAACAUGGUCAGGAUGCUGCUGUCAUCUGUUCAGCUGUGUCCAUCAUUUUAACUGGAUCUGGAUCGACUCGAUGUUCUGGAAGAGUUGAAGUUUAUCACAAUAACAGCUGGGGAACAGUCUGUGAUGAUGGCUGGGACUUAAAUGAUGCUGAGGUGGUUUGCAGACAGUUAAACUGUGGGUCGGCACUGGAAGUUCCUCAAUCAGCUCACUUUGGUGCAGGAACUGGACAGAUCUGGCUUGACAAUGUGACCUGUUCAGGAAAUGAAAGUUCUCUAACUGAGUGUCAACACAGUGGAUUUGGAUCAAACAGAUGUGAACAUGGUCAGGAUGCUGCUGUCAUCUGUUCAGAUCUGAUUAGAUUAGCUGGUUCUGGAUCAUCUCGAUGCUCUGGCAGAGUUGAAGUUUAUCAUGAUAAUGUCUGGGGAACAGUUUCUGAUAAUAACUGGGUCUUAAACGAUGCUGAGGUGGUUUGCAGAGAGAUAAACUGUGGGUCUGCACUAGAAGCUACUCCAUCAUCUAAAUUUGGUGCAGGAACUGGGCAGGUCUGGCUCAGUGAUGUGAGCUGUUCAGGAAAUGAAAGUUCUCUAACUGAAUGUCAACACACUGGAUGGGGAAACUACUACAACUACUACUACAGUUUACAUUCUUAUGAUGUUGGUGUCAUGUGUUCAGGUGUGAUCAGAUUAACUGGAUCUGGAUUGACUCGAUGUUCUGGCAGAGUUGAAGUUUAUCACAGUAACAGCUGGGGAACAGUCUGUGAUGAUGGCUGGGACUUAAAUGAUGCUGAGGUGGUUUGCAGACAGAUAAACUGUGGGUCGGCACUGGAAGUUCCUCAAUCAGCUCACUUUGGUGCAGGAACUGGACAGAUUUGGCUCGGUGAUGUGAGCUGUUCAGGAAAUGAAAGUUCUCUAACUGAGUGUCAACACAGUGGAUUUGGAUCAAAUACAUGUGAACAUGGUCAGGAUGCUGCUGUCAUCUGUUCAGAUCUGAUCAGGUUAGCUGGUUCUGGAUCGAGCCGAUGUUCUGGCAGAGUUGAAAUCUUUCACAAUAACGUCUGGGGAACAGUCUCUGAUUAUAAAUGGGACUUAAAUGAUGCUGAGGUGGUAUGCAGACAGUUAAACUGUGGUUCUGCACUACAAGCUCCUCGAACAGCUUACUUUGGUGCAGGAACUGGACAGAUUUGGCUCAGUGGUGUGAGCUGUUCAGGAAAUGAAAGUUCUCUAAGUGAAUGUCAACACACUGGAUGGGGAAACUACUACAACUCCUACUACUACAACUACUACUACUACUACUACGAUAGACAUUAUUAUGAUGCUGGUGUCAUCUGUUCAGGUCCAAUCAGAUUAACUGGAUCUGGAUCAAGUCAAUGUUCUGGGAGAGUUGAAGUUUUUCACAAUAACAGGUGGGGAACAGUCUGUGAUGAUGGCUGGGACUUAAAUGAUGCUGGGGUGGUUUGCAGACAGUUAAACUGUGGGUCGGCACUGGAAGUUCCUCAGUCAGCUCACUUUGGUGCAGGAACUGGACAGAUUUGGCUGGAUAAUGUGACCUGUUCAGGAAAUGAAAGUUCUCUAACUGAGUGUCAACACAGUGGAUUUGGAUCAAAUGGAUGUGAACAUGGUCAGGAUGCUGCUGUCAUCUGUUCAGCUGUGUCCAUCAUUUUAACUGGAUCUGGAUCGACUCGAUGUUCUGGCAGAGUUGAAGUUUAUCACAAUAACAGCUGGGGAACAGUUUGUGAUGAUGGCUGGGACUUAAAUGAUGCUGAGGUGGUUUGCAGACAGUUAAACUGUGGGUCGGCACUGGAAGUUCCUCAAUCAGCUCACUUUGGUGCAGGAACUGGACAGAUCUGGCUUGACAAUGUGACCUGUUCAGGAAAUGAAAGUUCUCUAACUGAGUGUCAACACAGUGGAUUUGGAUCAAACACAUGUGAACAUGGUCAGGAUGCUGCUGUCAUCUGUUCAGAUCUGGUUAGAUUAGCUGGUUCUGGAUCAUCUCGAUGCUCUGGCAGAGUUGAAGUUUAUCAUGAUAAUGUCUGGGGAACAGUUUCUGAUAAUAACUGGGUCUUAAACGAUGCUGAGGUGGUUUGCAGAGAGAUAAACUGUGGGUCUGCACUAGAAGCUACUCCAUCAUCUAAAUUUGGUGCAGGAAGUGGACAGGUCUGGCUCAGUGAUGUGAGCUGUUCAGGAAAUGAAAGUUCUCUAACUGAAUGUCAACACACUGCAUGGGGAACCUACUACAACUACUACUACAGUUUACAUUCUUAUGAUGUUGGUGUCAUGUGUUCAGGUGUGAUCAGAUUAACUGGAUCUGGAUCGACUCGAUGUUCUGGCAGAGUUGAAGUUUAUCACAGUAACAGCUGGGGAACAGUCUGUGAUGAUGGCUGGGACUUAAAUGAUGCUGAGGUGGUUUGCAGACAGAUAAACUGUGGGUCGGCACUGGAAGUUCCUCAAUCAGCUCACUUUGGUGCAGGAACUGGACAGAUUUGGCUUGACAAUGUGACCUGUUCAGGAAGUGAAAGUUCCCUAACUGAGUGUCAACACAGUGGAUUUGGAUCAAACAGAUGUGAACAUGGUCAGGAUGCUGCUGUCAUCUGUUCAGAUCUGAUCAGGUUAGCCGGUUCUGGAUCGAGCCGAUGUUCUGGCAGAGUUGAAAUCUUUCACAAUAACGUCUGGGGAACAGUCUCUGAUUAUAAAUGGGACUUAAAUGAUGCUGAGGUGGUUUGCCGACAGUUAAACUGUGGGUCGGCACUACAAGCUCCUCGAACAGCUUACUUUGGUGCAGGAACUGGACAGAUUUGGCUCAGUGGUGUGAGCUGUUCAGGAAAUGAAAGUUCUCUAACUGAAUGUCAAAACUCUGGAUGGGGAAACUCCUACUACUACUACUACUUCUACUCCUACUACGAUAGACAUUAUUAUGAUGCUGGUGUCAUCUGUUCAGGUCCAAUCAGAUUAACUGGAUCUGGAUCAAGUCAAUGUUCUGGGAGAGUUGAAGUUUUUCACAAUAACAGGUGGGGAACAGUCUGUGAUGAUGGCUGGGACUUAAAUGAUGCUGGGGUGGUUUGCAGACAGUUAAACUGUGGGUCGGCACUGGAAGUUCCUCAGUCAGCUCACUUUGGUGCAGGAACUGGACAGAUUUGGCUUGACAAUGUGACCUGUUCAGGAAAUGAAAGUUCUCUAACUGAGUGUCAGCACAGUGGAUUUGGAUCAAACGGAUGUGAACAUGGUCAGGAUGCUGCUGUCAUCUGUUCAGCUGUGUCCAUCAUUUUAACUGGAUCUGGAUCGACUCGAUGUUCUGGAAGAGUUGAAGUUUAUCACAGUAACAGCUGGGGAACAGUCUGUGAUGAUGGCUGGGGCUUAAAUGAUGCUGAGGUGGUUUGCAGACAGUUAAACUGUGGGUCGGCACUGGAAGUUCCUCAAUCAGCUCACUUUGGUGCAGGAACUGGACAGAUCUGGCUUGAUCAUGUGACCUGUUCAGGAAGUGAAAGUUCUCUAACUGAGUGUCAACACAGUGGAUUUGGAUCAAACACAUGUGAACAUGGUCAGGAUGCUGCUGUCAUCUGUUCAGAUCUGAUUAGAUUAGCUGGUUCUGGAUCGAGCCAAUGUUCUGGCAGAGUUGAAGUUUAUCAUGAUAAUGUCUGGGGAACAGUUUCUGAUUAUAACUGGGACUUAAACGAUGCUGAGGUGGUUUGCAGACAGUUAAACUGUGGGACUGCACUAGUAGCUACUCCAUCAUCUAAAUUUGGUGCAGGAAGUGGACAGGUCUGGCUCAGUGAUGUGACCUGUUCAGGAAAUGAAAGUUCUCUAACUGAAUGUCAACACACUGGAUGGGGAAACUACUACAACUACUACUACAGUUUACAUUCUUAUGAUGUUGGUGUCAUCUGUUCAGGUGUGAUCAGAUUAAAUGGAUCUGGAUCGACUCGAUGUGCUGGCAGAGUUGAAGUUUAUCACAGUAACAGCUGGGGAACAGUCUGUGAUGAUGGCUGGGACUUAAAUGAUGCUGAGGUGGUUUGCAGACAGCUAGACUGUGGGUCGGCACUGGAAGUUCCUCAAUCAGCUCACUUUGGUGCAGGAACUGGACAGAUCUGGCUUGAUCAUGUGACCUGUUCAGGAAGUGAAAGUUCUUUAACUGAGUGUCAACACAGUGGAUUUGGAUCAAACACAUGUGAACAUGGUCAGGAUGCUGCUGUCAUCUGUUCCGAUCUGAUCAGGUUAGCUGGAUCUGGAUUGAGCCGAUGUUCUGGCAGAGUUGAAAUCUUUCACAAUAACAUCUGGGGAACAGUCUCUGAUUAUAACUGGGACUUAAAUGAUGCUGAGGUGGUUUGCAGACAGUUAAACUGUGGGUCUGCACUACAAGCUCCUCGAUCAGCUUACUUUGGUGCAGGAACUGGACAGAUUUGGCUCAGUGGUGUGAGCUGUUCAGGAAACGAGAGUUCUCUAACUGAGUGUCCAAACUUUGGAUGGGGAAACUACUACAAUGGACAUUAUUCUGAUGCUGGUGUCAUUUGUUCAGAUCAGAUCAGAUUAGCUGGAUCUGGAUCAAGUCGAUGUUCUGGCAGAGUUGAAGUUUACCACAAUAACAGCUGGGGAACAGUCUGUGAUGAUGGCUGGGACUUAAAUGAUGCUGAGGUGGUUUGCAGACAGUUAAACUGUGGGUCAGCACUGGAAGUUCCUCCAUCAGCGCACUUUGGUGCAGGAUCUGGACAGAUUUGGCUUGACAAUGUGACCUGUUCAGGAAAUGAAAGUUCUCUAACUGAAUGUCAGCAUAGUGGAUUUGGAUCAAACAGAUGUGAACAUGGUCAGGAUGCUACUGUCAUCUGUUCAGGUAUUUCUCCAAGUCCAACAAAACCUCCUGCACCAAUGGACUUUGAUAUUUUGCUUGAAUUACACAUCCCAGCAUCCAGUGUGGCCCCAGAUUUCAGUGAUGUACUCAGACACAUUGUGAGAAAUGUCUCCCUAACCCAAACUAUCACUGAGUCUUUAACACUGAAAAACCUGACCUUCACCACAUGGUGCUAUCCAAACUCCACUGGAGGACUGCAGUGCCGGUGUGAGGACCAGUUUGCUUGGUCAUGUGACAAGUGUGAAGUGUACGGUGCCUGUAGUGAUGUCAUCUCCCCAAUAUGUGGGUGCAUAAAAGGACUUCCUUCUAAUGGAGAGUUUUGUGCACCAAUCACAGAUAUUGCUCCAUGUCCACCAUCAACUCCUGUCAUAACACCAUCAACAACAUCACCUACACCAACAUACACACCAAUGGACUUUGAUAUUUUCCUUGAAUUACACAUCCCAUCAUCCAGUGUGGCCCCAGAUUUCAGUGAUGUACUCAGACACAUUGUGAGAAAUGUCUCCCUAACCCAAACUAUCACUGAGUCUUUAACACUGAAAAACCUGGCCUUCACCACAUGGUGCUAUCCAAACUCCACUGGAGGACUGCAGUGUCAGUGUGAGGACCAGUUUGCUUGGUCAUGUGACAAGUGUGAAGUAUACGGUGCCUGUAGUGAUGUCAUCUCCCAAACAUGUGGGUGCAUAAAAGGACUUCCUUCUAAUGGAGAGUUUUGUGAACCAAUCACAGAUAUUGCUCCGUGUCCAUCAUCAACUCCUGUCAUAACACCAUCAACACCAGAAACUACAGCAACAAACGCGCCAGUGGAGUUUAAUAUAGACUUGAACUUGCUCUUCCCAAUAUCCAGUCUGCCCCCAAAUUUCAUUGAUCUAUUCAGAGGCUAUGUGAGAAAUGUGUCCUUCCCCCAAAACAUCACUGGGUCUUUAAUACUAGAAGACUUGAACUUCACCACAUGGUGCUAUCCAAACUCCACUGGAGGACCGCAGUGUCAAUGUGAGGACCAGUUUGCCUGGUCAUGUGACAAGUGUGGCCUAUACGGUGCAUGCAGUAAUGUCACCUCCCACACCUGUGAAUGCAUCAAAGGCCUUCCUCCUGGUGGAGAGUUCUGUGAACCAAUCACAAAUAUUUCUCCAUGUCCAACAACAACUCCUGUCAUAACACCAUCAACACCAGAAACUACAGCAACAAAUGUCACAACACCAGUAACAACAAUACCUACUACAAUAUAUGUGCCAGUGGAGUUUAAUAUAGACUUGAACUUGCUCUUCCCAAUAUCCAGUCUUCCCCCAAAUUUCAUUGAUCUAUUCAGAGGCUAUGUGAGAAAUGUGUCCUUUCCCCAAAACAUCACUGGGUCUUUAAUACUAGAAGACUUGAACUUCACCACAUGGUGCUAUCCAAACUCCACUGGAGGACUGCAGUGUCAAUGUGAGGACCAGUUUGCCUGGUCAUGUGAGAAGUGUGGCCUAUACGGUGCAUGCAGUAAUGUCACCUCCCACACCUGUGAAUGCAUCCAAGGGCUUCCUCCUGGUGGAGAGUUCUGUGAACCAAUCGCAAAUAUUUCUCCAUGUCCAACAACAACUCCUGUCAUAACACCAUCAACAUCAGAAACUACAGCAACAAACGUGCCAGUGGAGUUUAAUAUAGACUUGAACUUGCUCUUCCCAAUAUCCAGUCUUCCCCCAAAUUUCAUUGAUCUAUUCAGAGGCUAUGUGAGAAAUGUGUCCUUUCCCCAAAACAUCACUGGGUCUUUAAUACUAGAAGACUUGAACUUCACCACAUGGUGCUAUCCAAACUCCACUGGAGGACUGCAGUGUCAAUGUGAGGACCAGUUUGCCUGGUCAUGUGAGAAGUGUGGCCUAUACGGUGCAUGCAGUAAUGUCACCUCCCACACCUGUGAAUGCAUCCAAGCGCUUCCUCCUGGUGGAGAGUUCUGUGAACCAAUCGCAAAUAUUUCUCCAUGUCCAACAACAACUCCUGUCAUAACACCAUCAACAUCAGAAACUACAGCAACAAACGUGCCAGUGGAGUUUAAUAUAGACUUGAACUUGCUCUUCCCAAUAUCCAGUCUUCCCCCAAAUUUCAUUGAUCUAUUCAGAGGCUAUGUGAGAAAUGUGUCCUUUCCCCAAAACAUCACUGGGUCUUUAAUACUAGAAGACUUGAACUUCACCACAUGGUGCUAUCCAAACUCCACUGGAGGACUGCAGUGUCAAUGUGAGGACCAGUUUGCCUGGUCAUGUGAGAAGUGUGGCCUAUACGGUGCAUGCAGUAAUGUCACCUCCCACACCUGUGAAUGCAUCCAAGGGCUUCCUCCUGGUGGAGAGUUCUGUGAACCAAUCGCAAAUAUUUCUCCAUGUCCAACAACAACUCCUGUCAUAACACCAUCAACAUCAGAAACUACAGCAACAAACGUGCCAGUGGAGUUUAAUAUAGACUUGAACUUGCUCUUCCCAAUAUCCAGUCUGCCCCCAAAUUUCAUUGAUCUAUUCAGAGGCUAUGUGAGAAAUGUGUCCUUCCCCCAAAACAUCACUGGGUCUUUAAUACUAGAAGACUUGAACUUCACCACAUGGUGCUAUCCAAACUCCACUGGAGGACUGCAGUGUCAAUGUGAGGACCAGUUUGCCUGGUCAUGUGAGAACUGUGGCCUAUACGGUGCAUGCAGUAAUGUCACCUCCCACACCUGUGAAUGCAUCCAAGGGCUUCCUCCUGGUGGAGAGUUCUGUGAACCAAUCGCAAAUAUUUCUCCAUGUCCAACAAUAACUCCUGUCAUAACACCAUCAACACCAGAAACUACAGCAACAAAUGUUACAACACCAGUAACAACAAUACCUACUACAAUAUAUGUCACAACACCAUCAACAACAUCACCUACAUCAACAAAUGCACCAGUGGUCUUCUAUAUAGCAGUUGAAUUGCACAUUUCAGCAGCCAGUGUGCCCCCAAAUAUCACUGUUGUACUCAGAGACAUAAUGAAAAAUGUCAUCUCUCCUCAAAUCGAGUCUUUAACAGUAAAAGACUUGAACUUCACCACAUGGUGCUAUCCAAACUCCACUGGAGGACUGCAGUGUCAGUGUGAGGACCAGUUUGCUUGGUCAUGUGAGAACUGUGGCCUAUACGGUGCGUGCAGUAAUGUCACCUCACAAACCUGUGGGUGCAUCAACAGGCUUCCUCCUGGUGGAGAAAUUUGUCAACCAAUCUCAACUUUCAAUCCAUGUAUAACAUCAACUACAACUACAUUACCAUCAGUGACAACUACAACAAUGCCAAUAACAACAACAACACCAACAAUGCCCUUUACACCACUACCACCACCACCGACAACCACAACAUCGACAACUACACCAAUGACACAGACAUUUGAAAUAACUUUGGAUGUUGAAUUCAAGGAAGAAUACAAUCAAGUAACCAAUGACUUUCACAUAACUGUUAGCAACACCAUCAGAGCUGAAGGACAGAAGCAAGGAAUAGAAGCAAAAUUAAUUAAAUUCCGGAGUGGAAGUACCAUUGCCCAAUAUCAAGUCAGUGCUAACUCUUCUGUUACACCAGACUUUCAAGCACUAAAUUUAAAAAUAGCUGGCAAGCUGGCAGAAUCAUACCCUGUGGUAUUUGAGGCAUCGGGUCCCCUGACAUUUGUGCCAAAUGAUGGAUUUUAUGAGCAAACAGUGACUGUCACAUGUGGCCCUCCACCAGUGAAUCUCAAUUUUGGCACUGUCUCAGCAGCAGAGUGGAGACGUAAUACAGUGCUCAUAGCUGAAGAUGGAGAACACAGAAUUUCAGUUAAGGAUGGAAUAUCAACCUUAACUGUGUCAAGGUUUAUUAGCUCUGAUGAUGGAGUUUAUGAAUGUAGGCUGAUGCGCACAAACGACAAAGCAUUUUUUCGCCAGAAAUCUGAAAAAUCAUUUAGUCUGAAAACAAAACCCACAAUCACAGUCUCACCAAUCAGACAGUAUGUGCAAUGUCUCGGAGAAAGUGUGGCUCUGAAUUGCAGUGUGAGUGGUGGGUAUGAGGUUGAGUUUCGGGGCUUUUCUGGUGCAGGUAAUUCGAUUACCUAUAAUUAUAUUGCACCUCAAGGUUGUGAACAGGAGGAAAAGACAUUCACCUGCCAGUCAAUAACCCAACCCGUAUUUACAAAAGCAAUAACACUACAGUUAUCCUCACAGGGCGCUUACUGUAUAAAUGACACAUUUGGCCAAGGAGAUAUAGGUUACAAAGCUGCAGUGCCCUGUUAUCCAAAACUUGUGGGACCAAAUAAGGUGGGAGAAAUAACUGCAGUGUGUAAGGAAAAUAAGAAAUUUGACGAUGUUGAAUACAACUGCAUCCUGUUGCCAGUUCAGGAGCUGCUUGACCAGUCCCAGUUCUUGACUGCCACUACAUUGCCAGUAUUUUUGGAACAGCUCAAGAACGUCACUGUCAAUUAUACUGAUGAAGUGAUUACAUCUCCUCCCAACAUUAAAGCUAUUGUGAGAAUACUCAUCAAUGUCGCCAACAAAUCUUUAUCCCUCGAUAUCUCAAUUAGCAGAGAUUCAAUGGAGAAUGUCUUGAUAACAGCAGGGGUUCUCACCAUCAAUGGAACAAAGCAAACAUGGAACUUUCUGAAUAACAAUGACACCAGAAGCAUCUUAAACAACACUGAUCCUGAAAGUGUUAGCUCAUCAUUUUUGGACUCCCUUGAAACAAUAACAUCUCAACUUGUCAAUGCAACUUUUGACAUUACGACAGACUUUAUUCAGUUAAACAGAACUACAUUCACAGACACUUUCAAUGCUGAAUUUAAUUCUUCAGUCACAAUAGAAAUACCCGAGUCUAAUGGAGAUAACAAAACAAUCACUAUGAUAGUAUUUAACUCGUUAGAUAAUGUACUACCUGCAAGAGAUGAGGCCAAUUCAUCGCUCAACUCCAUAAACGGCAGGGUUGUACUUGUUCAGUCCAGUGGCAAAAUCAAAAAUAUCUCUUUCACAUUUGAUAUUUUAAAUGAUACACUGCGAAACCCUGAAUGUGUCUUCUGGAACUUCAGCCUUUUUGAUGGCCUGGGAGGAUGGGACGGCAAGGGCUGCGAGUUAGUGUUAAACAUAAAUGAAACAGGAACUGUCACCUGCAACUGCAACCACCUGACCUCAUUCUCCAUCCUCAUGUCCCCGAACAGUCCGAAGAAACUCUAUUUGGACAUUAUAACCUACAUUGGAGUUGGCAUUUCUAUGGGAUCCUUGGUCAUAUGUCUCAUCAUUGAAGGCCUCAUUUGGAGAAAAAUAAGAAAGAAUGAAACCUCUUACUUACGUCAUGUUGCCAUUGUUAACAUUGCUGUUUCCCUCCUGAUUGCAAACAUUUGGUUUAUAAUUGGAGCGGCCAUUUCAGAUGCAGAAGUUAAAAACCCUCCAGCAUGCACUGCAGCUACCUUUUUCAUCCAUUUUUUCUACCUAGCCCUGUUCUUCUGGAUGCUGGCCUCAGCUAUGCUGCUGCUCUACCGUACAACUAAUGUUUUUGGUGGGGGUUUGUCUAAAGCAUCUAUGCUGGCCAUCGGAUUUUUUCUAGGCUACGGAGCUCCUCUCAUCAUUGCAACAGUAACUAUAGCUGCAACUGCACCUGACAACGGAUACAUCCGAGAAAAUACCAUAUGCUGGCUCAACUGGGAUAAGUCCAAAGCUCUGCUGGCAUUUGUGAUCCCUGCACUUUCAAUAGUGGUGAUAAACCUCAUUAUCCUGGUUGUGGUUUUGUACAAAAUCAUAAGGAGAAGGGUUGGAACAACUGCUGCACAAGCAGAAGAAAAGCAUGUUUUAGUGGUUAUUGCCAAGAGUUUGGCUGUGCUCACACCAUUUUUUGGCAUAACUUGGGGUUUGGGAGCUGGGAUUCUGGCUGAUCCAACAAAUGAAGGAAUCCAUAUUGCAUUCGCUUUCUUCAAUUCGCUACAGGGCUUCUUUAUUUUGGUGUUUGGAACACUGCUGGACGGUAAGGUGCGGUCAGCAAUAGCAUCAUGGUCACAACCCUCCAGAAGUAGGACAGGGAGCACAAGUGCUGGAAACUCAACAUCAAGUGGAUUUCGAUUUUUAAGGAAUUGGAGACGUGGAAGAGAUGGCUACAACAUGACAUCCAGUGCAUCCAGUGAUUUGCAUUCGGCUAGCAACACAUAAUGUAUGCAGAAAACAGUGGGUAUUCAGAUAAUCAACAACAAGUCACACACACACACUUUUUUUCUCCAUAUUUUUAAUAAGUUAAUCUUUAUAUAUAAUAAAUAAAUGAAUAAAACAUAUGCUAUUACAGCAAUUACAAUAUGUUUUUGAAUGGCAUAAUAAAUGUUGAAAUUGUAAUUAUAACUUUUAAAAAAUGUUAUUCAUCUUUGAUUUUGAUUUGAAUGUAUGAUUAUCAACACAGCACAGAGUACAUGUUUGUAGUUACUAAUACAUUUUUAUUAAUUUAUUUUUAAACUGUUUUAGAAGAAAAGAGUUUACUUGGUUUACUUGUUCUAAAGAGUGAGAAAACAUGUAAACAUGAGUUAAACAUUGCACUUGCAACAUACACCAAUCAGUGCAUCAGAAAAACUAAUUAAAUUAAAUUAAAUUAAAUUAAAUUAAAUUAAUGUUAUUUGCUUCACUUGACUGUCAUCAUGUUAUGCCUGAUUGGCUACUGAAAAAUUAACUAAAUAUGCUUUUAUUUUUCUUUUGUGCAUUUAUUGUGGUAUAUUUUUGCAUAGCUUUGAUAUGCGUUAAUUUUGAUCCUGUUUAAUAACGUAUACAGCUACAAUUUCCUUUCCAUUACUAAUUAUGUCCUGAAUUUGUUACACUCAGAAUUAUGAUUAAAAUCUUUUGAAA